AUGUCUUCCGACCACCCGGAGCCCGGGGUGUCCGACCCCAAAGGCCAGCACGAGUCGGGGGCGACCGCAGCUUCUCCGCAGCAGAGCUCCAACCCGCAACCCGUCGCGACAGAGACCGCCGACGCCUCAUCCAAGCCAGUGCCCGUCGCUGAAUCCGCUACCACGGUCGUCCCGGCCGAACCUGUCCAGCCUGGCGACAAUCCAGCCACUGCGAUCCAACACCCCGCAACCGGUGGCGAAAGCGUCGCCCCCGUGACGGCAACGGAGACCACUGCAUCAACCGACCACGAUCAUACUACACCCGAAAACGCUGAUACCGUCGGCCAGCCUCAGACCACCGACGCACCGUCAAUGGAUACCGAUGAGUCAAAGCCGGGCGCCGAGCUGUCGUCUGAGCCGUCCGAGGACAUCUCGGGAAAGGAGGUGGAGGAUACCGGGCCGUCGCUAGCUCUGACAUUACUGCUGACAACGGGAUCGCGACACCCGUUUAAGAUCGAUGCGAAGUAUCUGCGGAAGCAGUCGGUGAAUGUGGAGAAUCAUGAUCCGUUCGCGAUGAGCGUCUAUACGUUGAAGGAGUUGAUAUGGCGAGAGUGGCGAUCUGACUGGGAAGCUCGCCCAUCCUCCCCGAGCUCGAUUCGGCUCAUAUCCUUCGGAAAAUUGUUGGAUGACAAGGCGCCUCUGUCCGACUCGAAGUUCAGCGCCGAUCACCCGAAUGUCGUACAUAUGACCGUCAAGCCGCAAGAAAUGAUCGACGAAGAAGACGCCAAGGGAACCAAAACUCAGUAUAACCGCGAGCGUGAAGCCGGCGAGCGAAGUCCCGGCUGCCGCUGUGUCAUCCUAUGA